UCCAACCUGGACCAUCUCUCAGACGCAGUGAGGACGGUGAGGACCGCCGCAGAGAGAGAUUUAGACGUCAUUUUAUUAUAACAUUACACCCCUUUGAGCUUUGACUUUAUACGUUUCUCUUUUAUAUGUGUCACGGUAGUUGUAUCAGUCUAAAUGGAUUAUUCAAAGACAGCCUAAAGUGCCGUUUUAGGCUUUUGGAAAGCAGAUUGUUUUCCCGAUCACCUUUAAAGACUUACCGGGCGCGCCUCUGUUUCUGGGUUUAUUGCUCUCUGUCGGACCGGAGCCGCGCUCGGCUGUUUUGGCGCUGUUUACCUGUUAAUUACCUGGAAGUAGUCAGCGCACGGUGCUGUUUAUGUGGAGGAUGUGGCGCACACUCUCCCUGCUGGCUGUUUGCUGUGCUGUGCGCCGACUGGACGCCCUCAUGGCGGCGGACGCAAGCCUGGACACCUCCCGGGAGAAGCUGCUUGCGACCGGACCCGAGGAGCUCGGUAAGCCGGACAAAGGUGGGCCGGCCCCGGGCAGAGCUGUGCACACCGAACAGAGGGACGCUCCAGCUGGGGGCCUGCAGCCCACCACUGAGCCCCUGGAGGAUGAGCUGGACAACCAGGAGAAUAUCAUCAGCCAGCUGCUCGGAGACUAUGACAAAGUUAAAACGGAGUCAUCUGGGUCAGACUGUGUGUGCCGGUGUGUAGUCCGGCCGAUCAAACGCUCCGACUGCAGCCGCAUUCUUGACAGCGAAUCAGCGCCGCUCUCCCAGGACUUUUACACCGUGGAAACGAUCACCAAGGGGACCGACUGCAAGAAGUGCGUGUGCAUGGCUCCUCCUUCAGCCGUCAACCCCUGCGAGGGAGAGUACCGGUUCAAAAAGUUACAGGAGGCAAGCAAAGAUGACAUCAAGCUGGCAACCAUCAUUGACUUAUUAGAAGGCUCCCUAUAUGGAAUGGACUUGUUGAAGCUUAACUCUGUCACCACCAAGCUGCUGGCCAAAGUGGACAACCUGGAGAAGGUUUUCACAAAGAAUCUUACUGAAAGAACAAGAGAGAAAGAGCGCAUGAAGGAAAAAAAUAAGGACAAAGACAAGAAGGUUCAACUGAAAAAGAAGAAAAUCAGUGAUUCAGACCGAUCUGGAGCAGCUGCCCCCGACCAAAAGCAGAAGAGUUAUGAAAGUCAGAUAAAGAAAGUCCAACAGCAAGAUGGACAGGUGCAACAUCAGCCAACCAGAAACGAAACAGAGACUAAAACUACAGGCAAAGACAAGAACAAUGUGCUGAUUAGAGGAGUGACCUUCUACAAGGCAGCUGAAGAUAGCUACAUAGAGGAAGAAGAGAGAGAAAAGAACGCCUUUCUUAUCCCAAAGGCUGCGGCGGACGUGUUGAUUGACAAGCCGCCCACUGUCACCAAGAAUCCUAGGCCAUCGCUUCCUGUAAAACCCAACCAUGAGCCCAAAAUCAAAGGGUCUGAGCAACAACAAGCAACCACCAAGCAAACAACAACAACAAGGUCAACUCCUGUAACCGUCAAAGUGUCUGAUCAAGUCGACCCUACAACUCCACGACAAACGAAAACCAAACUUCAAACUAAGAACGCAGGUUUUCCCUCCACCACACCUGUCCCCCCACACACCACAGAUACCAAUAUCCGUCCACCCAGUGAUGCAAAUCCCACCACAACCCCUCAGUCAAAACCCAGAAGCCGCCUCAGCUGGACGGAGAGCCCUGCCGACCAACCCAAGGCCACAAAAAAGCCAGGUGUGUGUAAGGACACAGUAGCGAGCAUCUCCGAGCCGGUCCAACAGAACUCUUAUGGUCCCAGUGAUGGAGCCUGGAUGAAAGAUGCCCGUGGCCAUGGCAAGGUCAUCUACCUCACUAAUGGUCAUUAUGGCAACAGCCUGCUGGAGUUUAGAGACAUGGACACUUUUAAAUCAGGCCAGCCGAGUAAUUCGUACAAGCUGCCCUAUGAUUUCACCGGAACGGGCCACGUCGUGUUUAAUGGAGCUUUCUUCUACAACCGGGCGUUCAGCAGGGACGUGAUCAGAUUCGACCUGAGACGUAGAUACGUGUCCGCCUGGACAACGCUUCAUGAUGCCAUCCUGGAGGAGCAAACUCACAGGACACAGACUGAAGUGGAAUUGGCUGUGGAUGAGUCUGGCCUUUGGCUGCUCUACCCCGCUCUGGACACGGAGGGUUUCCACCAGGAAGUAAUCCUCCUCAUCCACCUCCAUCACAGAGACCUUCAGCCCAUCCAAACCUUCCGUACGGGUCUCCGACGCGGCCGCUACGGCAACAGCUUCCUGGUCUGCGGCGUGCUCUAUGGAGUGGAUAGCAUGGAGCAUCGCUAUGCCAACGUGACAUACGGCUUCGACACGCACACGCUCACACAUACCGUGCCGAGCCUGGCGUUCACCAACAUGCACACGCAUACUUCCCAGGUGUCCUACAACCCGCUGGACAAAAAGCUUUACGCAUGGGACGGCGGGCACCAGAUGAAUUAUGAUGUCAUCUUUGCUUAUUAGUAAAAAAAAGAGAGACAAAGAGAAGAACGACUUUGUUCAAAAAGACAGGAGAUCCAACUAAGACAGAUGAAAUAAGGUACUAAGAGAAGAUGCAGUUCAACAGUAUUUUGUUUCCAUAUGACUGUAGAUCAGUCAGCUGACAUUUCUUUGCUACACACAACAGGGGCGGAUCUGCUCAGAGACGACAAACCAAGGUCUUCCUAUGAGCCUUUGUGUAGCUGCCGCAGAGAACGUUCGUUCUUUAAGAAAAUAUUGUGAAACUAAGCAUGGACCCCCAAACCACUAAAAUAUUAAAGUUCCACAACUUUUACAGUGGAGGGUUCAGAAAGUUUAGAGGCGUAUUUAAAAAAGACGGUAGAAACAGGUGUUAAUAGAAAAUUAAGGAGUUUUCAAAAAGCAACACCGAAGGACUUUUUUUUUUUUGUGUGUGGUUAAAGUUACAGAACAGUCAUGAAGUGGGGCAGAACCCAGAGUAAAACAUCUGCUUUCAGACUGUUUCCACUCUUUUUGGGUUUAUCAGCAAUCGCCUCGUAAAGUUAGAUGAAAAUGGUUUGCGUUUUGGAGCAGCUUGUAAAGUCCAGAACAAGACACAAAAAGAAUGAAUCCUAAAGUCUAGAUUUUUAGCUUUUUGACAUCUGAUAGUUUUUUAUAUGUAUGAGCUUUGGUUGCAUACUUUUUGACUGAAUAAAGUUUUGUAGAGUUACCCUUAAAGGAUGUAACCUUAACUAUGACAAAUCUUUACAAAGCCAAAUCACAGAAAGAAUUUUAACCAAAAUUAGACAUGCUUAUUCAAAAACGGACUCCCCACGUUAAAAACAGACAGUUUACUUUCAGCAAGGGCAUUAAAUGUUUACUUGAAGUUGUAAUGAUGCAGUGAAGGGUUUCACAACAUGGCCAAGUUUUGUACAACUUGUUUGUUCUCGCUGUUUCAGCAUUAGACUCUUGAUACAGAAAGUAAGUCCAUUUGUUCAAAAUGUGCAACUAGUGCAACUUUUUUGCAAGUCCAAUAUAAAGACAAGGUUGAUCAUGACCGCUUAUCUGGAGGUUUUGCUUUUUCAUUUUGUUAAUUUAUAAUAAAAUCUCUGAAAAGACCGAAGUAACCAGC